CACUUCAGGAAAUUGACUUUGAAGGAAAUCUGAGCCAGGCAGGAAUCUCUGCUCUAGAAGCUGCAGGUACCUGGCACCUGGAUCCCUUUAAGCCAAGUCUCAGCAUGAAGUUAAGUCUAGACAGACAAAACUCUGCUGUGAGGGCGGUUGCUGAUGGGUCAAUGGGAGAGACCUUUGUGAUUCAGGGCAAAAAGGCUUCUUAUUAAACCUUGCAGUUUAGAAACAGAGUUUGUCUUUCCAUAUCGAACCCUGGUCCUCUUCGGCUGCUUCUAAGUUUAUGCAUUCUGUGAAUGGGAGUGGGAUCGAGUGCCCAACCGAAUUGUGCCAUGUCUGUGUGUUUGUUCUUGGUUUUGCAGUCCAGAUGGGUUGGGUAAGCAUCCUGGCCUGGAACCAGCUGCAAGUAACCACGCAAUGAUGAGUUAUUUGCAGUUGAAUAAAGGCAGAUUUUACUCAUUAACCUCCGGAGCUCUUCUCUUGCGGAGAAAGGCUAAAUAAUGAGAUUUAGCCAACCUUCCUUGGAGGUGGAGCCCCUUGUGAACUUGAGUAUUUUUGUGCUUUUGUUCAUCGUAUGUAGACGUCCUAACUGAAACUUAAAUCGUGCACGCUGUAAGCCACUUGUUGAGCCGCAGGUGGUUGAUUUGUACUUUACUUAAUUUCUCCAGUCCUCACUCUUCUUUGCCUGCAAAAUGAAAGGACUGGAGAAAGUAUUUCCAAGACCCUAUUUCAUCAUCGGCAACAUCAUCAUCUUCUUGACAUUGUAGGAACCUGUUGGUCAGAGGCUGUACCAGACACUUUAUUAACAUCUCAUUUAAUAGUCUGCGUGUGGCUCUCCUGGACAGAUUCCCUCCCAGUCUGCAGAGGACACAGGCUUAGAGAGGGCGAGGAAUUAAGCAGCUGAGCUGGGUUUUGACCUUGUCUGACUCCAAAGCAUUUGUUCUUCCGACUUCAUCUUGCUGGUCUCUACAGCUUUUAUGAUUCUGGGAAAAGUACUUACGACCGCAUUUCUUCAGUAAGAAACAGUGAUCUUCCUGUGUUUACUUCAGGAUCUCAGCUGUCUCUCGUUGGAAGACUUGGGGAAAUGAAAGGGUUUUGUGUAUGAAUGACAAGGAUACCUUCAGCCAGCUCAUUCUGGAUGAAAGAACGAUUACACUAAGUCUCCUCCACCCUUCCUCUGUGGAGUGCUUCUGGCUUCAUUGUGAAGAUAGACCAGAAGGGAGGAAAGAGCUUGGCUGGAGAGAGCAGGGAAGAUCCAUGGAUCACUUAUGGACUCACUUUCUGUGCUGGUUAAAUGUGCUGCUUUGCUUCCAACACCAUGUGAAGCCUACUGACCUCUGAUCUCCCUCAGAGCAGAAACUGGACUUCGGGUAAACCCAGCCCAUGGGCCUUGUAGUUCACAUUAAUUUGCCUGACUGUGAUUGAGGUUAAAAUGGGCAACUCUGAGAGUCAGUACACCCUUCAAGGAUCUAAAAAUCAUAGCAAUACUAUUACUGGUGCUAAGCAAAUUCCUUGCUCCCUGAAAAUACGUGGCCUUCAUGCAAAAGAGGACAAGUCGUUGCAUGGGUGGGGCCACGGAAGCAGCGGAGCAAGUUACAAGUCCCGGUCCCUGGCCCGAAGCUGCCUUUCUCACUUUAAGAGUAAUCAGCCUUACGCGUCGAGACUUGGCGGCCCCAUGUGCAAGGUCUCCAGAGGCACUGCCUACUCCACGCACAGGACGAAUGCCCCAGGGAAGGAUUUCCAGGGCUUCCAUGCUGCUUUCUCAGCUGAUAAUGGCUUCCACUCUGUUGGCCACGAGCCCGCAGAUCACAUCACCUCCAGAGACUGCAACGGGCACCUUCUCAACUGCUACGGGAGGAAUGAGAGCGUGGCCUCCACUCCGCUGGGCGAAGACCGCAAGAGCCCCAGAGUGCUCAUCAAAACUCUGGGGAAGCUGGAUGGGUGUUUAAGGGUCGAGUUCCACAAUGGUGGCAACCCCAGCAAGGUGCCUGCAGAGGACGCCGGUGAGCCGGUGCAGCUGCUGAGGUACUCGCCUACUUUAGCAUCAGAAACCUGCCCGGUGCCUGAAGCCAGGAGGGGGUCUAGCGCCGACUCCCUGGCCAGCCAUCGCCCCUCUCCCACGGACUCUCGCCUGCGGUCAAGCAAAGGCAGCUCCCUGAGUUCCGAGUCAUCCUGGUACGACUCUCCUUGGGGCAACGCUGGAGAGCUGAGCGAGGCUGAGGGCUCCUUCCUGGCCCCAGGCAUACCUGACGCCAGCCCCCAUGCCACUUUCCCACCUGGUGAUGCCAAAAAGCCUUUCAACCAAAGCUCUUCCCUCUCCUCACUCCGGGAACUGUACAAAGAUGCUGACCUGGGGAGCCUUUCCACCUCAGGCAUCCGCCUUUCUGAUGAGUACAUGGGCACGCACACCAGCCUGAGCAACCGUGUCUCUUUUGCCUCCGACAUUGAUGUGCCCUCCAGGGUGUCACACAGAGACCCCGUCCCAUACAGUUCCUUCACCCUCCCCUGUCGGAAGCCCAAAGCCUUAGUGGAGGAUACUGCAAAGAAGGACUCCCUCAAAGCCAGGAUGCGAAGGAUCAGUGACUGGACGGGAAGCCUCUCAAGGAAGAAAAGGAAACUCCAGGAACCAAGGUCCAAGGAGGGCAGUGACUACUUUGAUAGUCGCUCUGAGGGACUGAAUGCUGAUGUGCAGGGGUCCUCCCAGGCAUCUGCCUUUCUGUGGUCAGGGGGCUCUGCUCAGAUCCUGUCUCAGAGAAGUGAAUCCACACAUGCGAUUGGCAGCGAUCCCCUCCGACAGAACAUUUAUGAGAAUUUCAUGCGAGAGUUGGAGAUGAGCAGGACCAACACUGAGAACGUCGAAACCUCUACAGAAACCGCCGAGUCCAGCAGCGAGUCGCUCAGCUCUCUGGAACAGCUGGAUCUUCUUUUUGAGAAGGAGCAGGGCGUGGUCCGGAAAGCUGGGUGGCUCUUCUUCAAGGCCCUGGUCACGGUGCAAAAGGAAAGGAAGCUGGAGCUGGUGGCACGAAGGAAAUGGAAACAGUACUGGGUAACACUGAAAGGAUGCACACUGCUGUUUUAUGAGACAUAUGGGAAGAAUUCCAUGGACCAGAGCAGUGCCCCUCGGUGUGCUCUGUUUGCAGAAGACAGCAUAGUGCAGUCUGUUCCAGAACAUCCCAAGAAAGAGAACGUGUUCUGCCUCAGCAACUCCUUUGGAGAUGUCUACCUUUUCCAGGCCACCAGCCAGACAGAUCUAGAAAACUGGGUCACUGCCAUACACUCUGCUUGUGCGUCCCUCUUUGCGAAGAAGCACGGGAAAGAGGACACAGUGCGGCUGCUGAAGAACCAGACCAAAAACCUGCUUCAGAAGAUAGACAUGGACAGCAAGAUGAGGAAGAUGGCAGAGUUGCAGCUCUCUGUGGUGAGCGACCCAAAGAACAGGAAAGCCAUAGAGAACCAGAUCCAGCAAUGGGAGCAGAAUCUUGAGAAAUUUCACAUGGAUCUGUUCAGGAUGCGCUGCUAUCUGGCCAGCCUACAAGGGGGGGAGUUACCAAACCCCAAGAGUCUCCUUGCAGCUGCCAGCCGCCCCUCCAAGCUGGCCCUCGGCAGGCUGGGCAUCUUGUCUGUUUCCUCUUUCCAUGCUCUGGUAUGUUCUAGAGGUGACUCUGCUCUCCGGAAAAGGACACUGUCACUGUCCCAGCGAGGGAGAAUCAAGAAGGGAAUAUUUUCUUCGUUAAAAGGGCUGGACACACUGGCCAGAAAAGGGAAGGAGAAGAGACCUUCUGUAAGUCAGGUGGACGAACUUCUGCAUAUAUACGGUUCAACAGUAGACGGUGUUCCCCGAGACAACGCAUGGGAACUCCAGACCUACGUUCACUUUCAGGAUAAUCACGGAGUUACUGUGGGGAUCAAGCCAGAGCACAAAGUAGAAGAUAUUUUGACUCUGGCAUGCAAGAUGAGGCAGUUGGAACCCAGCCAUUACUGCCUGCAACUUCGAAAAUUAGUGGAUGACAAUGUUGAGUGCUGCAUCCCUGCCCCCUAUGAAUAUAUGCAAGAACAGGUUUAUGAUGAAAUAGAAGUCUUUCCACUGAAUGUUUAUGAUGUGCAGCUCACGAAGACUGGGAGUGUGUCUGACUUUGGGUUUGCAGUUAUGGCGCAGGUGGAUGAGCAUCAGCAUCUCAGCCGGAUAUUUGUAAGCGACGUCCUCCCCGAUGGCCUGGCGUAUGGGGAAGGGCUGAGGAAGGGCAAUGAGAUCAUGACCUUAAAUGGGGAAGCUGUGUCUGAUCUUGACCUUAAGCAGAUGGAGGCCCUGUUUUCUGAGAAGAGCGUUGGACUCACUCUGAUUGCCCGGCCUCCGGACACAAAAGCAACCCUCUGUGCAUCCUGGUCAGACAGUGACUUGUUCUCCAGGGACCAGAAGAGUCUGCUGCCCCCUCCUAACCAGUCCCAACUGCUGGAGGAAUUCUUGGAUAACUUUAAAAAGAAUUCAGCCAAUGAUUUCAGCAACGUCCCUGAUAUCACCACAGGUCUGAAAAGGAGUCAGACAGAUGGCACUCUGGAUCAGGUUUCCCACAGGGAGAAAAUGGAGCAGACAUUCAGGAGUGCUGAGCAGAUCACUGCACUGUGCAGGAGUUUUAACGACACUCAGGCCAACGGCAUGGAAGGACCGCGGGAGAGUCAGGAUCCUCCUCCAAGGCCUCUGGCCCGCCACCUCUCCGAUGCAGACCGUCUCCGCAAAGUCAUCCAGGAGCUUGUGGACACAGAGAAGUCCUAUGUGAAGGAUCUGAGCUGCCUCUUCGAAUUAUACUUGGAGCCACUUCAGAAUGAGACCUUUCUUACCCAAGAUGAGAUGGAGUCACUUUUUGGAAGUUUGCCAGAGAUGCUUGAGUUUCAGAAGGUGUUUCUGGAGACCCUGGAGGAUGGGAUUUCAGCAUCAUCUGACUUUAACAUCCUGGAAACCCCCUCACAGUUUAGAAAAUUACUGUUUUCCCUUGGAGGCUCUUUCCUUUAUUAUGCGGACCACUUUAAACUGUACAGUGGAUUCUGUGCUAACCAUAUCAAAGUACAGAAGGUUCUGGAGCGAGCUAAAACUGACAAAGCCUUUAAGGCUUUUCUGGACGCCCGGAACCCCACCAAGCAGCAUUCUUCUACGCUGGAGUCCUACCUCAUCAAGCCGGUUCAGAGAGUGCUCAAGUACCCGCUGCUGCUCAAGGAGCUGGUGUCCCUGACAGACCAGGAGAGCGAAGAGCACUACCACCUGACAGAAGCACUAAAGGCAAUGGAGAAAGUAGCGAGCCACAUCAACGAGAUGCAGAAGAUCUAUGAGGAUUAUGGAACUGUGUUUGACCAGCUAGUAGCCGAGCAGAGUGGGACAGAGAAGGAGGUAACAGAACUUUCAAUGGGAGAGCUUCUGAUGCACUCCACGGUUUCCUGGUUGAAUCCAUUUCUGUCUCUAGGAAAAGCCAGAAAGGACCUUGAACUCACAUUAUUUGUUUUUAAAAGAGCCGUCAUAUUGGUUUACAAAGAAAACUGCAAACUGAAAAAGAAAUUGCCCUCAAAUUCCCGACCUGCGCACGGUUCUGCUGACUUGGAUCCGUUUAAAUUCCGCUGGCUGAUCCCCAUCUCCGCACUUCAAGUCAGACUUGGGAAUCCAGCAGGGACAGAAAAUAAUUCCAUAUGGGAACUGAUCCAUACGAAGUCAGAAAUAGAAGGACGGCCAGAAACCAUCUUUCAGUUGUGUUGCAGCGACAGUGAAAGCAAAACCAACAUUGUUAAGGUGAUUCGUUCUAUUCUGAGGGAAAACUUCAGGCGUCACAUAAAGUGUGAAUUACCACUGGAGAAAACAUGUAAGGAUCGCCUGGUACCUCUUAAGAACCGAGUUCCCGUUUCGGCAAAAUUAGCUUCAUCCAGGUCUUUAAAAGUCCUGAAGAAUUCCUCCAGCAGUGAGUGGACAGGUGAGACUGGCAAGGGAACCUUGCUGGACUCGGAUGAGGGCAGCUUGAGCAGCAGCACCCAGAGCAGCGGCUGCCCCACAGCCGAGGGCAGACAGGACUCCAAGAGCACCUCUCCUGGGAAAUACCCACAUCCUGGCUUGGCAGAUUUUGCAGACAAUCUCAUCAAAGAGAGUGACAUCCUGAGCGACGAAGAUGAUGACUACCAUCAGACUCUGAAGCGGGGCAGCCCUACUAAAGACAUCGAAAUUCAGUUCCAGAGACUGAGAAUUUCUGAGGACCCAGACGUUCACCUUGAGGCUGAGCAGCAGCCCAGCCUGGAGUCGGGCGAGGGCCAGAAAGGAGGAGAGCAGCCCAAACUGGUCCGGGGGCACUUCUGCCCCAUCAAACGAAAAGCCAACAGCACUAAGAGGGACAGAGGAACUUUGCUCAAGGCACAGAUACGUCACCAGUCCCUUGACAGUCAAUCUGAAAAUGCCACUAUCGAUCUAAAUUCUGUUCUAGAGCGAGAAUUCAGUGUCCAGAGUUUGACAUCUGUUGUCAGUGAGGAGUGUUUUUAUGAAACAGAGAGCCACGGAAAAUCAUAGUAUGAUUCAAUCCAGAUAUGGGUUAAAUUAAUUCCUCAUUUUACUUUUAAACUGGUGGUAAAGUGGAAAUUGCAACAACAACAACGACAAAAACUAUUAAUUACUGGGUUUUGUGCAGUAUACAUUUUCCCACACAAUAGUUGUAAAGAUUUAAGUUAUUUUAAUUUAUUGUGGAUCAGAAACCUAGAUGAAACUGGUCAGAAUCUGUAAAUUACUUAGUUUAUAUCCCUUCUGAGCAGGUAUCAAAUGAUUUAGAAUCCUUACAAUUGCAUUCUAUUUUAAGUUAUGUGGAAAAAGUAAGGUUGGGGAAGUUGUGAUUAAUAGCUUUUAAAGGGUCAUUUUUUUAAAAUCCUCUGGGCAUUUUCCUUCAGCUGUUAGUUUUUGCUUUAUUUAAAGCAUAUUUAUUUUAAUGUGGUUUAGGGGCAAAAUGUGCAGAUACUUCAUUUUUGUAAGAUUGUAAUAGAUGUUGUUUAUACUAAACAUGUCAUAUCUAUGCAGUAUAUAUUAAAAGAAAGCUUGUACUGUACCUUAUUUGAUGAUAUUUAUUUUCUCUGCCAAGCUGUAUAGUAAAAGGAAAGUAAGUCA